AUGUACGGCCCCGACCAUCUCGUGAAAAUUUUCAUCCCUGUAUCACUCUGCAUGCUGCUGGUCGUGCUUUCCGUAAGAAAUAUAGAAGUUUACAGAAAAGACUAUAAGAUCCCGAUACCAGAAUUACAGCAAGUUCUCUACGUCGAACCCACAGCUGACGCAUCGACGAAAUUCUGGCAUUCGGCCAAAUAUGUCGCACUGUUCGCUAUUUUCAUGGUUCUCGUCACAUUCCUAGUACUGGCUCUUUUCUACUUCGAGUGGUAC